GAUGAAAAUUCAAAGUCAUCAUGUUGGCUAAUUAAUUAACUAUCUCAAUGGUAUGAGAAGUGUAAAUUAAAGUUAUAAUUAUCACAAAAGUUGAAAAAACUAUUGACAGAAACAAUUAACUUUCUAAUUGUAUGAUUUAUCGUUGAAUGAUAUCAUCGCAUGUCUUAAUUAAAUGUAAAUAAUGAAAUAUUAAUGAUUAGCUUUCGGUUUAUUUAAUAAAAGAAAACUUUUUUUCUUCAUUUUUUGGUUCAUCAAAUGUACAGUUAGAAUUUACUAUUUUUAUCGUAUAGACUGAGAAUCGAAAAGUUCAUUAGAAGUUUCUUUUUUCUCAAUGGAAUCAAAUGAAGAAUAAUUAGUAAUUGAUAUUGACUUCAUUUCUUUAAUUUCAGUAAUCAUUUAGACACUUGAACUGUUCAUUUUCACUCGACGAAUUGUUCAAUAAGAUUAUUGUGUUAGGUAUGUCUCCAUAUAAAUAUCGUGAAUUUAAUGUCCAUGGAAAAGUUAGUGAUUCUUAUUGGACAAAUUGGUUGGAACGGAAAACGACAAGAGAAGCGGCAACUGACCUUUUGAGUGUCGUUGAAAGAUCAGGUAUCCGUUGGUUAUGUAUAAUAAGUGGGUACGAACAGGUUAACCCGAUAUCUAAGGGUCGAUUGGUUCUUGGACAUUUCAUCAAUCUAAUUGGAGCGAUAACCAUAAUCAGAGGGUUUUUCGUGGUCGCAUUACCUUACGAUUAUGUUCAAAUCGCUUUGGGUGAUCUGUUCAUUGGUUCACCAGUUCAUGAGAUUCAGAAUAUGUUGAUAACCAUGUUACUAACACUUUCCUGUGGUCUCAAGUAUUGUGGGUUUUCAGCUGAAAGACGAGGACCUAUUCAAGUACUCAAAUUGUACCAUCGCUUGAGGUCAACAAAAUUUGACCAUAAACAGUUUAUGUUAACACCGGACGAUUGUUCAAGUAUUAGAAAAUCGUUUUUCUUUCUUUCUUAUUUCUAUCUCUUUGUAACUCCGUUAACCUGCCUGGCGAUCGCGGCCUGGUUGACCUUUGCUUUCCUCAUCAAUCCAAUAAACUACGAGAGUUUAUAUAACAUCCUUGUCAUCGGCAUUUGGACAAUCGUCAUCUCGAGUAUAUUUACUCUCGGUUCUUACCCGACAAUUUGGCUUUACAUUCAAAACACGAUGAUUAUGUCUUAUGUUUCAUUCGCUCUCAAUUCUAAUCAUCUUCAUGGUCAAUUAUUGGUCAAAUCAGAAUCGAAAGCCGAUCAACAAGAACUUUUCAACUAUUUUUCUCAACAAAAUAAAAUCUAUAAUUUCAUCAAUAGAUCAACUGUCGAUUUAGGUCAAAUGUUAUCCUACGGAAUAAUAGUUGUAUCUGGUGUCGCCGAUUUCACCAUGUUUGUCAGUGUCUUCAUCGGCACGGGCAGUGAUCUUUUCAAUUAUAUCAUCUUUUCCGUGGGAAUCAUGGCCUUCACUGCGAUCGUAGUGAUCAAUAUACUUUCCGCCUUUACCGUUGUAAAGGUUUCGUUGUGUCAUUUGGUUAAUUAUCAGAUUGCAAGGCGAUGCAAGUUAAAUUUAUCCACUCAAUUAAAAUUAUUGGCUACAUGUGAACGAAUGAAUGUCAAUCAGAUUGGUUUCACCCUCGGCGGAAUCUUCACCAUGGAUUCACAUACAUUUCUAUUGUAUCUCCUUGAAAAUGCUGGAUUAAUGUUAAUGUUUAUCACCAAUUUUAAUAAAUCACAAUAAAUGGUCAAUCAAAUUGAGAAGGAAAAAAAAUUGAAUUCAGUUUACAAUUGAACGGAAAGAGAAAAACAAAAUCAACUGGAUUAGUUAAUAAUUUACUGAUUGUUAUUACUAAUUUUAUCUCUUAAUGUGUUCCCAAUCAUGAUCAUGGUUAUUAAAUC